AGCUCUGUCAUCCGCAGGUUACACAAUCGAUGCGGACCGAGCCAGUUCCAAAGGGCCAGUAAAGUUGGAAAAAUCCCGGUUGUUCCGAGGUUACCCGUGACAUUUUGCAUUAUAUUUAUCGUGUUCAAAGUUUCUCAAGAUGACCGAAGCCGCCGCCAACCAGCAGUCCCUGUGCAAGACGCUUGGACUGAAGCCGCUGACGAAGGAAAACAUUUUGUUUUACUACAUCCCGGUACAGUCGAUGGUCAGCUAUGCGGCUCUUUCCGUAAACGUCAUGAAUCCGUCGAUUGCCAUCCGGCUGCUGCCAAAACGAGACGUGACCAACUUUUUGCUGGUGCACACCCUGCUCGGAACAACGCUCUACUUCUACAGCAGGCCGCACAUGGCGCUGGUUGCGAGUGGCCAGAAGCGGGCCGCGUACAGUAUCGUCGGAUCCGCCCUGUUCAGCUUCGGAUCGGUGCUCGUUUGGGCCGUGCUGCGGAGUGCCAUCCCACGGAACAACGCCGCGGCCACGAUUCUCGGGCUUUCAUCGGGGGCGGUACUGGCCAAGCUGACCUACGAUUACCUGGACAGCAACGAUAAGCUGGUGGUGGCCAAGAAGAACUAAAACGGUUCGGUAAAAGUAAAGGCAAAAGUUGUGAACCAUUUGAA